GUACAUGCACGUCUACUGGCUCCAGCGACGCAAGCUGGUCUACUGCGAGGUGCAGAAGGUCGCAAGUACGACCUGGAAAAACGCGCUCCUGGCGUUAGAAAUGGCGCCUGCCGGCAGCAAGGCCGACAUGCAGCAGUUCAACCGGCUUCCGUUGGAUUACGUGCACAUCGACACGAACGUGGAAAGGUACCUCCAGCGCGUUAGUCGAAUCGUGGACUUAGCGAAAAUGGCCGACAUGCUGAGCGCUCGCACGAAGUUUCUGUUCGUCAGGCAUCCGCUCGUUCGGCUGCUGUCGGCCUAUCGGGACAAGAUCGCCGUCGGCUCGCGCUCCGAGGUAAUCCACCGCAAGCAGCUCGCGCUGAUACGCAAACACUUCGCGCGCUCGCCGACGAACGCGAACGUCGGCGACGCGGUCAGCUUCGUGCAGUUUCUGACGUACGUCGCCGAGACGCCGACGCGCGAGUGGAACUACCACUGGGCGCGCAUCGUCGACCUGUGCAAUCCGUGCGUCGUCAACUACGACUUCGUCGGCAAAUACGAGACGCUGCGCGACGACAGCGCCGAGCUGCUGCGGCGGACGGGUCUGGCGGGGAGUCUCACGUUUCCGCAGAGAAACACGACGAUCUAUUACAAGGCGACGAGCGGAGAGGAUCGCCUCCUGCGCAACUACUACAGACACGUGCCGCUCAGCCUCGGCCGACGACUGUACGAGAAGUACGAGUCGGAUUUCUUACUCUUCGGUUACAGUUUUCGCGAAGAGUGGUUCGCACGCCGCUCGUAG